AUGCCCUACUUCCCGGUGUCGCCGACCAACAUGUGCAAGGUCGUCGACCUCAGCACUGCCAUGCCCACCAAGGCGGCGCCGCAGUGGCAACCGACGUGCGCGACAACCCACCUGACAGUGGCCGCCACCAAGCUGUGGCAAGCCUUCCGCAGUGCCACACCGGCGACCGACUUCAUCGUCGCAUUCCAGUCGCUUGGCUGCCGCUACCUCGUGCUCGGGCUCAGCGCCGAGCCGUGCGCACACCAGAGCGAUGUGACCGGUGUCCAAUUCGACAUUCGCACCGGCGCCGUGCUUCGGUCAUCUGAGCAGUUGGUCGAUUUUGCGUCCGACGCCGCGUACACGGUCGAGUGGCAAGCCUACGACGAGCUCGUCGUCCGCGUCCAGCUCGACGCCGAGACGCGCACCUUGCACUAUUUCGUCAACGGCCGCGCGACCGGCGUGUCUCUUCGCAACGUCCCCGACGCAUGCGUAUACCCUGCCGUCGCGCUCCGAGGUGCGGCCCUCGACGCGUCCGUGACAGAGCUCACGCUUCAGUAA